AUGCCCAGUUCGAAUACCCUCAUGCAAGCCAUAGACGACCCCCGUGGGAUACCGGUGACACAAUGGAUCGCUACGUUGACCGCGAUUGGAGUGGUUAUCCUUGUCGGACAGGCGCUACGCGCUCGUAGAAUGUUGUCGGAAGUCAAAAAUCUUCCUGGGGUCAAAUAUUUCCUGAGCACCCAGUCUAUGUUGACAGUCUUUUUUCCAUAUAUCCCUUAUGUCAACCCGGGCUGGGUGUACAUCCCUUUUCCAGUGUAUAAAACGUAUAAUUCGGAUGUCGUGACCGUCACCGGUCUCUUCCCUCGCCCAACGGUCAUUCUAUGCGUAGCUGAUGCGAGCGUCGCAAAGGAGAUUGCCAUGAACCGUGCGGCGUUUCCAAAGCCGGUCGAACUCUACGGUUCCAUCGAUGUUUAUGGGCCAAACGUUGUUUCAUUAGAAGGAGAUGAAUGGAAGAUGCACAGAAAGAUUACCGCGCCAUCUUUCAAUGAGCGGAACAACCGCCUCGUCUUCGACGAAACAACCAAAAUCACAUUGGAGCUCUUUGCACUUUGGGGAAAGAAUGACAAUAAGCCAGUGACUGUGACAAAUAUGGUUAAUAUCAUGGAAAAGUUCACUUUGAUGGUUAUUGCCAGAGCCGCAUUUGCCAUUGAGUUCGGAUGGGAGGAAGACAAAGCCGAAAGACCAAAGGGUCGAACACAUUCGUUUUCAGGCGCACUACGGACCAUCUUAGAACAUCUACUCCUUCGUAUUGCUUUACCGGACUCGAUACUCGGACUCUGGAAAUCUGGGCGUGAGACUCGAUCGGCAUUUCGAGAAUUCAAGGCUCGUCGCUCAGAUUAUAUGCUUGAAGUGAUUGAAGAAAGGAGAAUCAACCCAGAAGGUAGACAGCGUGCAGACGUUUUGAGCAACAUGCUCGAUGCUGUGGCAGAGGAGGCAGAGCGCAAGGAAUUAGGCGCAUACUCAUUUGGAGACGCGGAAAUGUUGAGGAACAUGUUCAUCUUCCUGUUGGCCGGACAUGAGACGACAGCGCAUUCACUCUCUUUCGUAUUGGCUCUUUUGGCUGUUCAUCAAGACGUCCAAGAGGCUGCGUAUCAAAGCCUCCAAAAACUUGUUCCGAUUGGAGAAUCAUUGUCUUAUAGCCAUAUCACCAAGUGGACUUAUGGUCUUGCCAUCUUCUAUGAAGCAUUGCGACUGUUCCCUCCGGUGACAUCGAUCCCAAAAUAUGCGGCUGAGAAUACAUCAAUCACCACUUACUCCAACGACGGACAAAACACUCCCGUCGUAAUACCCGUUCCAAAGGGCACCGUAGUCAACAUUAGCAUGUUAGGACUACACUACAAUCCGAAAUACUGGAGUGACCCCUACCGCUUCAAUCCGGAACGAUUCCUUGGAGAGUACAACAAGGACGCAUUCUUUCCAUUUGCUUCGGGGCCAAGAGCAUGCAUGGGCCGUCGAUUUGGAGAAAUCGAGGCAGUCACCUUUAUCGCGCAACUUGUGCACACGUAUCGCUUUACUGCUGCGGAAGGGCCUCCAAACGAGACGCAGGAGCAACUUGAAAGGAGGCUAUUAGAAUGGAAGCUGGGAAUACCGACCCUACACCCCGUAAAAGUUCCUCUGACCUUUACCAGAAGAAUAUAA